UCACACAGGAUAAGGCAGCUAAUCAAAAAAAAAAUAAGCCUGCUAAAUAAGAAAUAUACAACAAAAAACACGCAGAAAUUCAUAAAAUAACAAUCGAAGCAAACCGACCAAGCACCGAUAAUGUAAUCAUGCACGGCCAGUCAGUUCCGGCAUUGUUUUGUAGACAGCAUCAAGUAUAUUUUUUAAAUUUCACGUGCUAAAUUCAGAAGAAAUCCUACCACAAUUGCUACACAAAUCGACCAUUUGACCAGUGCGGGCUAGGGCUAGUAAUCCAAUCCAAUCCCCGACGCGAUGUCCAAGAGAUGCGCCAGUCUGAUGGCCUAUAUGACGGCGGAGGAGCACCUGCUGAACUGCUACUCGCCGCUGGAAGGCGACGAGGUGGAUUCGGAGGCGGUCGAUGCUCCAGCCGCCGUAUCGGGCGUGGCAGAGGAUCGGGUGCGGCCCGCGGGUCCCACUGAAUCCGAUGCAGAGCAGCCGGCGCCGGAAUCGGACCUGGACCCUGCCGUAGACAGCAUGCUGCACGUAAUUUCCGACGAUUCAGACAUCCACAGCCUUAUCUCGAGCGGCAGCGGCUUCAAAGGCUGGGCGGAGGACCACCCAUCUACCAGUUUCGUCAGCCAAGGCGAACGCUUCAUCUACGGACUGUGCCGGCACAUGAUGGCCGCGGAGGAGAUCACUCCAGUUCCUGAAUGGACCACCUGCACGCCCGCCAAGCGUCCGAGCAUUAGUCAUGAGGUCAUCGAGAUCAAUGACUCGCCCGAAUCAGCACAGGACCCGGCUAUUGCUUUGAUGCAGGCCGUAGUGAACAGUCCCGGCAUUUUGCUGACCAACGGCAAUGUCGACCAGUUCGCCAUGGUGCCUCACGGUGACGAUGAUGAUGAUCACGAGCUUCAGGUAGCCGAGGAGGGAGAUCAGUGUGUCAUUUACGAAUCGGUGGAUGGAGAGAACAUGGUCGUGCUGGCGGAGGAGCACUGCUGUGAGAUCAUAGUAGCCACCCAGGGCGUGGCAUGCGAACAGGAGUUCGCCAGGGCCAUUCUGAUGGCCGGGAAUGGAGCCGAAGCAUUGCUGGGUCUGUUGCCCGAAGAAACUGGUGCGAAUGAGUGCCUCAAUGGUGCUGCCUAUAUUGAGGAGGUGGUAGAGGAUUUGGGUGAGGAUGAAGCACGUAUGGCGGCGGAAAACAAUGUGUACCUCAGUGACGCAGCGCUGGAGCAACCACUAGUUCAUCAGGAACUAGUCGAGGACGAAGCGCCCGAGGAGAACGAGAACGCAACAUUUUUGGACGACACUCCGAUGGAAGAGGAACGCCCCGACAUUUGUCAAGUGUAUGAUCACGAAUUAGAAGACCACGACGAUGAAGACGAGGAAGGCAUGAUGCAGCAAACACCGGGCCAACCUAUUGACAUCAGCGUUAUGGAAGGGCAGGAGCCGCCGCCGAAUAAUCUGCUCAGGAAGUUGCCUCGCGAGCACAGCAGUCCCACGGAGUUCCCAGUCAGUUCCUCCUCCAUGCCCAACGCCAGCUAUAACUAUGAAUUCGAUGACGAUUUAAUGGGCGGCCACUCUCCGUCCAAAGUGGCUCCACUGAAGCGCAAGUAUCCGCCACUGAUGAAGAAUACACUCCAUGGAGAGGCUAUGGAUAGAAGGCUAGCCAGCAUCUGCCAGGCUCAGCCACAGAUGAGUCCCGCCGAGAAGGUCUCCAGUUGGGAGACGGCGGCCAGUGAGGAGUGUGCGGCCGUCGAGGAUGUAGAGAGCUUUGCGGCCGCCUUCGACCAGUAUGAGGCUGCCACAGCACCACUCAAGCAGCUCAACUUCAUUGAGUUUCGCGAAUCACUGGCCCGAAACCUGGAGAAGAUCAGCCGCGAUAUCAUGCAGACCUCCGACGAGUCCACCCAAGAGCAAGCCAGUUCCCAGUCAGCGGAGCGGCCGGUCCAUCGGCGCUACUUGCAUAUCAUGCCCACCGAAGAGACCAUAGUGCUGGACGACGAUGACGAUGAUUGCUACGAGGUGGUGGGCAUGGAGAACGCCUCCGUCACCACGUUGAUUCCCGAGGAGGAGCUUCAAGUGGAUCAACAACCGGAGGAAGAAGAGGAGGUGAUUCCCGAUGCCUCUGAUGUGAAGACCAUGGAGACGAAAACCUCUGAGCGACGGCUCCUUACCAAGGAAACUUCCACCACAGAUUUGGAAAGCAGCGCGGCUGCACCAACAGCAGGGUCAUCCGCCGUGCAUUUGCAUCCGGUUGCAUCCGUUUCCAAUGCCCAUCCUUGUGCCGGUGCUUCGGAAGGAAUAGUUGAGUUAAUGCAGCCGAACUCCAGUGAUAUUGUGCCUUCAGAAGACCGGCAACUGGCAACUGCUGUCCUGGAUGUUAUGCGUCAGCAGGUGCAAAUGCAACAGCAGCAGUUUAUCGAACAUAAAAUGCAGCAGCAACAGCUGUAUCGUUACCAGGAUCUGCCACAGGCGCCACAAGAGAUGCCACUGCAAAUGGCCGCGAAUCAGGAGCUGAAUUUCAGCUGCCCCAACGACAGUAUGUUCUACGAGCAGCAAGAGUUCUGCAACUAUCUGGGUCUUACUGAACUGGCCACGGCCAACGCGGUAGCUACUGCAAUGCGGGAGUUAGCCAACAGCACUGUGGCCCGACGAUCCUUGCGAGUCCGACCACAACACCAAUUGGACCGGAUGCGCAGUGAUGUGCGCGGUAAACGGCGGGAGCGGGAACGAGACCGCCAGCAGGAUAAGGACAAGAAGAUGCCGCUGACCACCAGCAGUGAGCUUAGCACUGAUAAAGAGGAGUCCUCCCUGCCUCAGAUAGCCGGUACCGUUCCGGGGGCGGAUGGAGAGCUCACUUUUAUCGGCCAAUUGCCAGCUUCGAUUGCAGAAGACCAGCGCCAGUCGAACCACUUUUACGACACCUAUUUACGGGCACAGGGAGAUCGCGCGCUGGUCAAAUCACCCAAAGAACAAGAGCGACUCAAAUCCCCUAAAGAAACGGGGAAGCACCGGUGUUCACAGGAGCGGGAAAGGUGCAAAUCUCCCAAGAAACUGGAGCCGCAGCGUUGCAGAUCUCCCAAGGAGGGCGAAGGGAUCAAGAAGCAAGAGGAACACAAAGAGCCCGAGGAUGAACUUGAGCAGUCUGUUAAGGCAGCGUUCGCCAAGGUCUACGAGGCUGCAGCUCCUGCCCAAUCCAAGCUGCUGGAGAAAAUGCAGCAACGCUUGCGCCAGGCGCGCGAGACCAAGCCAUCGAUUUACAUCAUCAAGGCUACAAACAAUGCCUCGCCGCAGACACCAUCGCCAGGCAAACAGGAGUCUCGCAUUUCACCGGCACCCGCUCACUUGAUAGAAGCCUUUGGUGAUGUAGGUGCUCCGUGUCCAUCUGCAGUGAUUCCUCGACCUGCGAAGACAAAUCUCAUAAAGAUCAGUCCAGUUAAAGAAGCUAAAUCGUCACUUUCAUCACCUGUGGUUGCGGCUCAGUCGCCAAAAACACCCAAACAUAGGAAAACCCAUGGCGUUACCAAGCCAGUUACUGCCACAAAACGCAGACGCACUACCGUGGGAGCUCCAAGCUCAGGAAAGCACACUCGCGUCCGCGACCUGGUUACCCGUUCCACCACGCACCUCAAUUCAAAGCUGCUGCGAAACCGUAAGGUCAGUCUGCUUAAGAGCUACGCUCUCUCGGACGAAAUGGCCCAGGGACGAGCCAAGCGACUGAGCGGCGGCACAGCACUUGGCGUCAAAAGGGUCCAGAUGCCCAAGAUUGUACGGGCGGCCCUAAAGAGACCCGAUCCGACAGACAAGAGUCUUCCAGAACAGCAUCGCCUGCAGCAGCAGCAGUUGGCUCCUCCGAACAGUCCCCGCAAGAUAAAGGGCGUUAAGGAGAAUGCCACAGUCACGACAAGUGCAACGAAAGCUAUCAAUCGACUGACAAAGCGCACGAAGAGGACACGUGCCAAAUCUCUGCCCGGUAAUCUUGAAGCAGUGCCUAACCACACUCCAGUCGCCGUUCCUAGGAUCACAGAGUUGGCACAAGAAGUCCCCAAUGCGCUUGUGGAACCUUACAAACAUCUGGAUAACUCUGCUGCCGUUGGGGCUGCAGAACUGACCCACAUUCAUUCCCCUUCCCGCGCUCAACCGCCUUACGCCCAGCCCGCUCUUAUUUACCCGCCUUCGCCCACAUCCCCGCCAUUGAAUUCUAAGGAGCCACGUCGCUCUCGGCAGCACGCGGGACACUUGGAUCCUGCCCAACAAAUCUUGGCCAUUCCUCCCGGCGGACUGCUACGCCUCAGCGAGGGAUCGUCAACGCUAGCGAAUCCACUUUCCGCCAAGCACGGCAAGGUUCUAUAUAUGUAUUACGAGCUGGAACAGCUUAUUGUGCUACAAGAGAACUGCAUAACCUUCUGGAAGUUCUCCAAAGUGUUCAACGUGCUGCACCAACCGCGCCAGCAGCCCUUCUUCGAUGGCGUUAGGAAAUUGCCCGCAUCACAGCUCCACCACCCGCAUUCGCGCGAUUCCAAGGACACAGAGCAAGAGCUGCAAGUUGGACCGCGAUGGGUGUACUUGGGAAGAGUGCGACGCCUUACUAAAGAACAGGAGAUAUUUACGCCGUUUGGCAACCGCAUCUGUGUGCACAACUCGACGCCGGUGUACCUUGAAAUGCGAAGCAGGCCGUUGGACCACCACAAGCGGGAGGUGAAGCUUACGUCGCUGCACGUGAACGUGUACUACUUUUGCGAAGAGGAACUACGGCCCCGGAUGCACUCUGUGCACUUGGACGCUGUUAACUGUGAGUGGCCGAAUGUCAUUUAUACUACGAUCGCGGAGUCGCGCUACUUUGUUAUGGCUUGGCAGCAGGAAUUGGUGAUGGGCAAGCCGCGCUCGGGCAUCUGCAAGUACUCGUUGACGCCCACGCUGGAUACGCUGGCCUCUAUUCGGGAGUUCAAGCAGCUACGCCACGAACUACGCCACAUCGAGUGCCUUUCGGAGGACCGCCUAAUCGGCUAUGGACAGACGCGGAUCACAAUUUGGGACCAUCGCAGUGGUGACACAUUGAUGAACUACGAUCUGGGCCGUCCUUUGGGUAGCAGCUUGGCUGCCAUGCACUAUCCCAGCCUCGACAUGGAUCAAAGCAGUAUGCUAGUGCUCUACCAGCAUGUAAAAGAGCCAAACAGUCCGGCUGAGGUGCAUGUAAUUGCCUGCGAGCUAUCGCAUGCUACGCCCUCGCAUCGCCUGCUGCAGGUUCACCGACUGCCAUCCCCGCAAUUCGAUGACGCCACGGAGGCAGUUAACACCGGGGACCAUCUGAUCAUCAAGUCUGCAUCGAACGACGAGGCCUGGAUAAGUGCUGCGGAUCCGAGGCAGCUCACCUAUUUGGCGCCGCAAAACAAUGGAGCGCAGCGGUUUUAUGCCCGCCAGAAGUCCCAAGUGAUUGAGAUGUCUCCGCAACAUUUGACGGUAGACAGCAUCGCCAAUCACAUGUUAAAAUUGGCUGUCCAGCAGCGGCACUCGACGUAGGCCAGUGCCAGUGAACUUGCAAAGUGGAAUGUCUUGACCCUGAACCAAGUUUUUGUUUUCUCACAUUAAUCCCUGUUGAAAAUCACCCACAAGACACAACACGCCUUUAUUGUGAACGCUAAGAUCCAUAAAUAUGCUUUUGGCUGUCAGCCGAAAUCAUGUAGUUCAAAUAUAUUCGAAACUAUAAUAAGUUGCGUCUUAAACCAUGUAGUCUUUACCAACAUAAUCAUCCAAUAAUAUUUUUUGCAUAAGUUUUUAGUUAGUCAGACCCGAUAAGCCUUUACUAAGCUGUCCGCUAUCAUUGAUUAAGUGUUUUUGUUUCUUUGGUUCUUUUUAUUUUUUCUAAAAGAAAAACAAAACCCUAGCUUAAGGUAACUUAGUUCUAGACCUAGUUAUGAAUUCAAAUAUUUGAUUUAUUACUAUAUCAACUGCAGCAGUGGAUGUGUCAUAUUUUUAGUUCAAAGGAAACACCAAAAUGAAAACAAAUGAAUGUCAUUAAAAGGAAAUCUGUUUAAAAAUACA